CUUUAAUUUAAAGUCUGUAUUCAUUAAAUAUAUAAAAAUUAUUAACUCAAAAAUUUUCUGAAUCAUAAUCUUCGCGUUAUAUAAAUUGGGGCGAAUAUGUAAUAAAUAAAAAUGAAAAAAAAAACAAAUAAAAACAUAAAAGUAGAGAAAAACGGCAAGUCGGCAACAGCGAAAAUCGGGAAACACGACGGCGCAGCAGUAGAGAAGAAAGCAAAUUCUCUUCAGCUACUACUACUAUUCACAUGCACUUCUAGUAGUAGAUUUUGGUUAAACGGAGCUCGCCGUUCGCCGUUCCCCGCUCGCCGUCGGUAAGAGAGAAAGUUGAAAAAAUGUCAGACCUAGACAAGCAAAUUGAGCAGCUGAAGAGAUGUGAGCCGUUAAAGGAAUCGGAAGUAAAGGCACUUUGUCUUAAAGCUAUGGAAAUCCUUGUUGAAGAAAGUAAUGUCCAGAGAGUUGAUGCGCCUGUUACUAUAUGUGGUGAUAUCCAUGGCCAAUUUUAUGACAUGAAAGAGCUAUUCAAAGUGGGAGGUGAUUGUCCGAAGACAAAUUACUUGUUUCUCGGAGAUUUUGUUGAUAGAGGAUUUUACUCCGUUGAGACAUUUCUUCUUCUACUAGCUCUUAAGGUGAGAUAUCCAGAUCGGAUAACUCUUAUCAGAGGUAACCAUGAGAGCCGCCAGAUCACACAGGUAUAUGGAUUCUAUGAUGAGUGCCUACGGAAGUAUGGUUCAGUAAAUGUUUGGAGAUAUUGCACGGAUAUAUUUGACUACUUAAGCUUAUCUGCUCUCAUUGAGAAUAAGAUAUUCUCUGUUCAUGGUGGUCUCUCUCCUACAAUAUCUACAUUAGACCAGAUUCGAACUAUUGAUCGGAAGCAAGAAGUUCCUCAUGAGGGUGCCAUGUGUGACCUACUAUGGUCAGAUCCAGAGGAUAUCGUUGAUGGAUGGGGAUUGAGUCCUCGUGGUGCAGGUUUCCUUUUUGGUGGCAGUGUUGUCACUUCAUUUAACCAUACUAAUAGCAUAGACUACAUAUGCCGUGCACAUCAGUUGGUAAUGGAAGGAUAUAAAUGGAUGUUCAAUAAUCAGAUAGUUACAGUCUGGUCUGCUCCGAAUUACUGUUACAGAUGUGGUAAUGUUGCAGCGAUUCUUGAGCUAGACGAGAAUCUUACUAAGCAGUUCCGUGUGUUUGAAGCUGCUCCUCAGGAUUCAAGAGGAGCACCUGCUAAAAAGCCUCCACCAGAUUACUUCCUGUAGGACCACGUAAACGAUUCAAUUUUUGCCAUCAAUAUACCCAUAUUGUUGACAAUAUGGUUGUGAAGAGCGCACACAGGAGAUGCUCUCGCAUGAUUCGUUUUGGUAGAAAGGUUUCUUUGUUUACAGAAAGAAUGGUACCAUUGUUGGGGUUUCUAAGAUUACCGAGGAUCUAAAUACAUGUAGCCGAUUUUGAAAUCCCAUAUUGUUUUUUUUCCUUGUAAUGGUGGUGUGUGUAAUAGAAUGGGACAUUGAAGUGAGAGUUGCAAAUUAUGAGGCAGCUUCACUCUCCUGUAAAGGAGUUGUACAACUGAAGUCGAGGACUCUAUUUUCAUCGUCUUGUUACGUCUGGACUUUGGUGCAACAGUAAAUUUUUCUUGGUUCGAUGUUGCAUUAAAUGUAUUUCGGGCUGUGUUGCAUAAAAACGUGCACAUUUUGUAUGGUUAUAAUGUUCAAUUUGGUGUAAA